AGCGAAUCUUGCCGCGUGUGUCGGUGCCACAACAAUGUUCUUUGGAGGAGGUAGAAACAGACAAGACAACCCGUUUGGAAUCAACUUUGGGUUUGGUGGCCACUCGUAUCCCCAGCGAUUCGACGAGCACUAUCGCGUAUAUCCCGUAUCUUUCUGCGACAAGGCCCACUUGGAGGACGGGGACAAGAUUUUGUUGCCGCCGUCGGCCCUCGAAACGUUAGCACAAAUGCACGUGGAGUACCCCAUGCUCUUCAAAAUCACGAACGAAGCAGUCAACCGCAGCUCCCACUGCGGUGUGUUGGAGUUUAGUGCUCCGGAAGGUAGCUGCUACAUGCCGUAUUGGAUGAUGCAAAACAUGUUUUUGAACGAAGGUGGCAUCAUCAACAUCCAAAAUGUGACGUUGCCCAAGGCCAGCUUUGCCAAAAUUCGCCCGCAGUCCACCGAUUUCCACGACAUUACAAACCCCCGAGCGGUGUUGGAAGCCACGCUGCGCAAGUUUUCAUGCAUGACAGUUGGCGACACCAUUUCCAUCACGUACAACAACCGUAACUACCUCUUUGACGUCCGUGAGCUGCGUCCCGCCGACGCCGUGUGCAUUAUCGAGACGGAUUGUGAGCUCGAUUUCGACGCGCCGGUUGACUACGUGCCACCAGUGGCUCCCGCGGCGCCGGCAGUCGCCGCACCCAUUCCGGAUUUGCCGUAUGGAGGGGUCCCCACGGUGAAAAGCCAAGAUAUCAAGGUUACAAAACCCGUCGGAACGGGCUUGGGAGGACUCGGUGGCUUGCGACUCAAGCCAGGGUCCAACACUGAUGCAGAAGCCCUGCGUGCAGCUCGACUUCGCAAGUACGAAGCUUUCCACGGCACGGGCGUCUCCGUCACUGGCGUGACGUCCUCCACUCCAUCCAUGGCUGCCGCAGCACCCCCCAUCCCUCCGCAGGAGUCGAAACCAGAGGUGAAGCCACCUGUCGCUCCGUUCCAAGGCCCUGGUCGGCGCCUGCGAUAGAUUGGCGACGAAAUGGAGCAAUUGAAUAAAGCGAUUCAAUUGGCU